AUGUCAGGCUCAGAGAAACAAACAAAUGAAAUUGAAUGCAAUUUUAUGGAUCUUAAGCCAAUUGAAGUAUUAAAAUACCCUAGCCAAGCUUCACACAUUAUUUGGUACCUCGACUCCAAUUAUAUUUUACAAGAAUCAACCAAAAUUGUAGAUUUUAUUAAUGAAAACAAAAUAUCCGUCCAAAUGGCAAUUUACUUGAUUGAUAUUUUUUCACAAAUUCGAGUUAAAGAUAUUAAAUUAUUUACAGAAUUUUAUCAAAUGAUAUCUAACGAAUUCUCAUACAUAACCAAACCGAAAAAUGAGAAAUUAGCAACGCUAUUAUAUUAUAAUGGUUUCGAAUUUGAAAACUUCGAACCUAAAAUGGAAGAAGAAGACAUUCUCAAUUUAAUUUCAACAGAAUUUCCAUUCUACAAUUCUGAAUGGGAUGAAAUUGAUGAUCAUAAAUGUAAAUCCCUAAAUCUUGAUUUUAUUCUGAAAGAAGAAAAAAUUCUCAAUUUAUAUUCUACAGAAUCUCCAUUAUACUAUAUUGCAUGGGAUAAAGUUGAUGAUCUUAAAUGCAAAUUCCCAAAUCUUAAUUUUGAUAAGGAAAUUGAUGGCGAAUUCACUCCACUUGAUUGCGCUAUUUUUUAUGGAUCAGAAUUGUGUUUCAAUUACUUGAAAAAUUUAGGAGCUAAGUACACCGAUAACUCCGAAAAAUAUGCUGUUCAAGGCGGAAAUACAAACAUUUUUAUGCAAAUGAUAGAAGAUGGUAAAUCAUUCGAUAACAUGAUUAAUACAGCAUUGGCUUAUCGACACUUUGAGAUUGCAGAGUACCUUAAAUCAAAUUUUGGACAAUCUCCAAACUCAAUUGCAGAAAGCAUGUAUUAUGGAAAUUUUGAUAUUGCAUCUUAUCUACUUUCUAAUGGAGCAAAUAUCAACGAUGUUUACAUUCUCUUUCUUUUUAUAUUUGUUAUUGUUUUAUGGAAUUUUAUUUCUUUUCAAAUUUAUCGUUGUUUGAUAAUAUUCUCUCUAUAUUAA